CUUGAGCCAAAGAAGAGAGGAGGUGGAGCCCCGCGUUAGUUUGCGGGUACUAGUUGGAGUUUAGUCUUUCUUCCUCCGCAGACAGGCAGCACGUCGUCCGCGUUUUAAUCUCCAAAAAAAAAAAAAAAAUGAACGGCUUAGACGAGGAACCCAUGGCGCCGCAGACCUUCCUUUACGGUUGCGUGCUGGAAGCUGGGAAGGAGGUGGUGUUCAAUCCCGAGGACGACGACUUUGAGCAUCAGCUGGAUCUGAGGAUAGCCUGCGUGGACCCCAGCACGAAAGAUGAACUUCACAUGGUGGAGGUGGAAGGACAAGACACAGAGGGUCAGAAAAUCAAGGCAGCGCUGGUCUCACUGAAGCCCUCUAUCCUGCCCAGCGUGUGUCUCGGCGGUUUCACGAUCACGCCUCCAGCGGUUUUCCGUCUGAAGGCAGGUUCCGGCCCAAUCCACAUCACCGGACAACACCUCAUCAUGAUGGACGCUGAGUCUUUUGAAGAUGAAGACGACGAUGACGAAGAAGAGGAGGAGGAAGAGGAAGAUGUGAAAACAUCGAAGAAAAGGCCGGCCUCCUCUCCUGCCAGCAAGUCUCAGAAAAAGAUGAAAAUGGACCUGGAUGCGGAGGAUGAUGAUGAUGACGAGGAUGACGACGAGGACGAUGAGGAUGAUGAUGAAGAUGAUGAGGAGAGUGAAGCAGAAGAGUCACCCGUUAAGCCCAAAGCAAAACAAGCCAAACCACAAACCCCUGCUCAGAACGGCAAGAACGGCAAAGCCGCCACUCCAGCCAAGCAGACCCCUAAAGGUAAAGGUGACAAGUCCACCCCGACAACUCCCAAACCAGUUUUAACUCUUCCUGAGAUUAAAGCCAAGAUGUUGGAGGCCGUGAAGAAGGGGACGACAUUACCUAAACUGCAGCCCAAGUUUGAGAACUUUGUGAAGCACGGUUAUAAAGUCACAGAGGCCAAGGUUGUCGCCGAGCUGUGGAAGUGGAGACAGACGGUGACGGAUGCUAAAUAACAGUCUCCAGUGUUUUAUUGUCUCCUAAUUUUUUUUGUUUUGUUUUUUAUGACUUGUUCAUACCCAUAGCAUCUCUCAAAACCCUCUGAAGCCAAACUCUGUGCCUCACAUCAUAAAUUCAAAGUCUAGUCCCGCUCCGCCUGCCCUCUAUGAAGAGACUAGAGAGAGACAGUGAUGUGGUCUGUUUGAUUGUCUCCAUCAUCCUGUCAUCAGGGCAGAGAAAUGAUUCGGUUUGUCGAACCCACUUACAAAUUUGCAUCUUUUUGUAAAUGUGUAAAUAAAAUUCUCUCUAGAUUGUUGGAACCAGAGUAUGGAGGAUAACUUAUCUGUUUUUUUUUCUUAUGGGUACGUUAAAGUUGAUUUGGCCUCAUGCAGGAACAAUAAAUCAGAAUAUUACACACUUUAAAAAAAAAAAAGCACAAACAUCCCUGACCAAACGACACAUUCAAAUCUGAAACGGCCAGUAAAACAUCAGCUAAUCUUGGCCAGGGUCCCAUCAUAAAGCUGUGUUUUUGGCUGACAUCAGCAGUAAUGAGCACAAGUGAUAUUGCUUUAGCAAUAUUGAUUUGUCUAGUGCCAUCAUAAACAUAAAAAGAAGAAACUUUGCACUUUUUGAGAUGUUUUGAAUGUUUAUGCUGUUGUGAGAUUCUUACAGUGAAGAUCCUGUGACAAACUGUCCGUUUAGGAACGCCGCACCAGAAUUCAAUUACCGUCCAUAAAUCAAGCAUUUGUAUAAAACAGAGUGCAGUGUGACAAAUGAAGCAGCGGAGAUGUGUUUUUUUUUUAAACUUCCUAGUAUGGCCAUGCUAAUGGCUCAGUACUGAACUCUGUGACUGAGUUCAUGAAGGAAUUUUCCGGCGUUUUGUUUCCCCCCCAUUACAAGUUUCUUCUGACUCUCCAAAGCAAAGGUUUGCAGGUGUUAUAACGUUCUAAGACCUGUCCUCAAGUUCAAAUGUUAGAAAUGUUGAUGCCUCUUGUAGCAGAAGAUCAUUCCAUGUUCAAGAAACGAGUGUAAAUUAGUUUGACUUAAAACGUGCUGUGGGUUUGGAUGGACUGAGAUCUGAUUCAAAUAAAAUGUGGAAGUGUU